GUGAGGCUGCAGGUCCCUGCGCAGUUGCGCUGGACUCCUGUAUGUGUGCAUCGCUGCACCAUGAUCACGUACCACAGGUACAUCUCGCUCUGGUCUCUCUUCUGCUGCACUUGGGCAAGCAGCGGCCAUGCAGUGACGGUCCGCACGCUUGUUGGACAGAGCGUCACGCUGCCGUGUUCCUACGACGUAGCGUACCACGGGCCGCUGCACAUCUGCUGGGGGAGAGGUGAAAUACCCAUCAACGGCUGUAACCAUCAGAUCAUCGAGACAGACGGGUAUAAAGUGAAGCGGAGAGUAUCGGACCGAUACCAGCUUUUCGGGGACCUGGCGAAGGGCGACGUCUCCUUAACCAUUGUCGAUGCUAACGAGAGAGACGGCGGGAAAUACGGUUGCCGCGUAGAAAUACAUGGAUUGUUCAACGAUGAGAAAAAAACUGUUGACCUGAUAGUUGAGAAGACAGAGGAGCCCACGACGACGACGACGACCGGUUCGCCAUCCACCACGUGUGCAGCAGUGACGACGCAACGGACCACAAGUGCUCCAACACAGUGUCAUGAGGACGUUAAUGUAACAGAAAUCAGCGACGGCAAGAAAAAUGGAGAAAAUGUCCUUCUACAUCCCUUGGAAGUUCUCAGAUGCUUACAGCUCUCACUUGUGUGUGCAGAUGAUCAGGCUCCAUCCUGUUGUGAUAGCGAUAACCGCGGUGUUGCUCGUGGCGGCGGCCGCCGUGCUCCUCCUGCUCCUUACGUGGAACCGAUGUCGAAAAAGAGGAACGGCUUCUGGAGUGUAAGUAUCAUGAGGUUUCCACGCUUUCGCUUUUAUGUCCCCAAAAACGAAUAAACAGAUCGUCUCCGCUCUGGACACGCUCGGGGUGUGCGCGCUGUCUGCCGAGGCCUUGCGAGGGUCCUGAAAUGUCGAAGCGGUUCUCCACGAGUGACUCGCUGUUUCCAAACUCUGACUCAUCACUCAACGUUUUCUCGCACACAUAUGGUGUCCCUUCUGCUUAACGCAGACGGUUAGAUACACGUUGCAGGGAUUCCUUUGUGGUUUUUCUUGGUUUUCUCCCUUCAGAUUUCAACAUUUCAUUGAAUCACUCAGCUGCUGUCUUAUUAGUCGUUUCGCAGUUUUACGCUCUUUGCACAUGUGGGCGUGAGCAGAGCGGUCGAGUUCGUCUCAAUCGGCGAUACGACGGAAACUUCUCCGGAAUGAAAGCAGGAGUCGCCGAGACACGGCUUGGGUGCCUUUCCCGGUCCUCUGGUCCUACAUUCAUCUUUCAAUCUGUCCUUCUACCAGGACCGAGCAGUAUGACAAUACGUCCGUCUACGUGAACCUGGGCACCAGUCUUGGGUUGAACAUCGAGGAGAUGACCGUCGAAA